UCACUCUCCUCUGCUCAGACCAGCUCGCUCACACACACGCGCGCACUCACGGACGCUGACUCACACCAUGAGUACCUGUGCGGAGCUAUUCUACCACCCCGUGCUGGAUUUUACUCGCGCAUCAGGCUGAUACAGGCACAGACCGCGCGCAAAGGAUAUUCGGACCUGCUGAGAUUUGACCUUUUGUUUCUUGUGUUGCUUUAUUCAAAGGUGAAAACUGAGCGACGCGGCAAAGGGUUUGGAAGUCCCAUCCAGGCCAUGAGCAUUAACCUCUGAGUUUGAACUCCAAGAACAAGAAGUCCAACGGUCCUUUGACUUUUUAUUUCUAGUGUGAACUGCAACCACUGUCCAGCCAUGAGGAGCUGCUCCCAUGUCCUGCCCCUCGGUGUGCUCACGGCUCUGCUGCUGUCUCAGGUCUGCUCUGGAAUUAAAUGGCUAGCACUAUCACAUGCUCCUGCAUCUUUGCACAUGAACCAGACCCAACACUGUAAGCUGUUGCCCAGCAUGGUGUCCUCCCAAGCUCAGCUGUGUCGCACCAACAUCGAGCUCAUGCAGACCAUUAUCCAAGCGGCCCGUGAAGUCAAGAAUACAUGUAAGAAGACCUUUGCUGAUAUGCGUUGGAACUGCUCCUCCAUUGACAUCCCCGCUGAUGCCCCAAAGUAUCAGCCAGACCUCGACCGAGGAACGCGGGAGACUGCAUUUGUCUAUGCCCUGUCUGCUGCAACCAUCAGCCACACCAUAGCACGAGCGUGCACUUCUGGAGAUUUGCGGCUGUGUUCGUGUGGUCCUAUCCCUGCGGAAGUGCCGGCGCCUGGCUAUCGCUGGGGUGGAUGUGGUGACAACCUGCACUAUGGUUUGAUCAUGGGCUCCAAGUUCUCUGAUGCCCCCAUGAAGAUGAAGCGCUCGGGCUCCCAUGCCAACAAACUCAUGCACCUACACAACAGUGAAGUUGGGAGACAGGUACUGAGAGAAGCACUGGUGAUGAAAUGUAAAUGUCACGGUGUGUCUGGCUCGUGCUCCAUAAGGACCUGCUGGAGAGGCCUGCAAGACCUGAGGGAGAUCGCCAUGGACCUGAAGACCAAAUACCUGUCUGCCACCAAAGUAGUUUACCGGCCCAUGGGGACACGCAAGCAGCUGGUGCCUAAAGACAUUGACAUCAGGCCAGUGAGGGAGAACGAGCUGGUCUAUCUGCAGAGCUCUCCGGACUUCUGCACCAAGAAUGAAAAACAGGGCUCUGUUGGCACACAGGACAGGGCAGUGUUGAUGUGCGGUGCCCGUGGCUACACCCCCUACACAGAGAAGCUGGUGGAGCGCUGCCACUGCAAAUACCACUGGUGCUGCUACGUCACCUGCAAGAAGUGCGAGCGGAUCGUGGAGCGAUAUGUCUGCAAAUGAGUCUGUGCCGCUGCCAGCCACACCAGCAGUCCUCUACCUGUACUCAGCCGCCAGAGGCCACAGAUUAACCAAAGCACUACAGUACCAAGAAGGCUUACUUUUGUGUUAAGCUUUAGCAUGUGUAUCUCGACGAGAAGUGGUCUGUUCUUGUUCAGUAUCAUUUUUAUAUUGAAUCUCCAAACUGCCGGUUGGACUUUUUUGUUUUCUGCUUCACAAACCUGGAUGUGGAGAGUGUGGUGACAGUUAUAAUCGGUUCACAUGAAGACCUCCGUCCUCCCCGGGUAUCUUCUUUUUCUUGUUAAUGAUUAUAAAUUCCCCCGACAAGGGAUAUCAAAAGUCUAUUUUAUUAUAGCUCUAAUAAAAAGAAAUAAUAUUGGAUUUUAUGCUGGAGUAGAAGGAUUCUUCCUCCUCAGUAGACAGACUUAUGUUUGGCUGUGUUCCACGGACAUCAAAGGGUUCUGGUGGAUCCAUGUGGUACUUUUUUGUAAGGUACUAUUAAAAUGCUUUUCCUCUGUAGAAAUGGACAAUACAGGCGAAAGGAACACAAAGGGAACUUCAAGUACUUUUCAACAAUGAAACAUUUUUGUGGUUGACAUUGUGGACUCUCACCCACCAUGUGUCCUGUGUGGACCACGACAUGCCUCUAUCCCCGUGGACCGAGAGAAGAGAAAUGAGGACGUUGUGAAAUGGCACAGUAUCUCCUUUAUGUCUGACAUGCAGGCCGUUCAAAAUAUGUUCUAUCUUUCUUAGUAUAUGAGCUGAACUCAUGGAUUUUGUAAACCACUUU